UCUGUGGUUUGUCCCAUGAUAGCUGAAAGUUUUCCACACUACAUAAGGCUACUUGAAAGUACUGUCAAAAUCAGAGUAUGCCGAUAGGACUCGUGUUUGUCUCUGGAAAGAGUGUGCACGUUCUGAUUCUAUCACCUCGAGCAACUGGACCAGAGGCUUAUGCUUAUUUAAGUCGAUGUGAGACCUGUUCUAUGAUGAAAGGACCUCAUCCGUGCCAGUGUAGAUCUAGGGACCACUGCGCGCAGUAAGGAUAGUCUAAUACAGUCUCG